AUGACGCGAUCUGGUGAGCACGUCACGCGCCGCGCUUCGUGCCUUCUGCAUCUCCGCCUCCACCUUCGACUUCUGGUCAGCAAUCUUGACUUCCUCAACGACUCUCAUCAUCGACACGGAGGACAUUCGAGAGACAUGUCGGUGACAUCGAGAGAUCACGAGGAUCACGACGGUGCAGAGGUCGCGGAGGUGUUGUUGGCCUCGAGCGACGAGAGUCUAUCGCCAGAAGAUCCGCAAGACAAUUCCGACGAGCAAGAUGCUGCGAUGCCAAGCUCGCCGCCGCAAUCAAAGGAAGGCAUGUCUCAACCGCAAGAAGUGAUGGGUCCUCCAAAAAUAUCUGCAUCUCAGGCUCGAAAGCGAACCCGUGAUGAGAUGGCCAUGGCCGAUCAAGAUCAGUCAAGCAGCGCACUGCCAGGCGCCAUCAAUGCCUCACCUGUUUAUCAAGACGAGCAUUUUCGAGUCUCACGUGACACUUCAGCGACCAUUCGUCAAGACACUCAGACUCAGAGUACACAGUCGUACCAUGAUGCUCCACUCACCACACCUUGUCCCCCCGAGUCAAGGCCGCCGUCAGGCCAAGGCGACAACAUCGGCUUGAAGGCCUCGGCUUUACCAUCUCACCCACAGCAGCCGAAAGUCACUGCUGCUUCAGUCUCGUCUCAUACAGAAUCAGAUCUCGGAGAGUCAGAGCAGGAAUCCGAUGCUUCAUCUUCGACAAGAUCAAGCCGACCGGAAGAACGAAUACAGGCAUUUGACUGGGAUGAGCUCUUGAUACAAUAUCACGAAAAGAUGAACAAAGCUACCGCCGAAGAACACGGCAUUCUCAAAGAAUUCAGGGAGUUGAGCAAGUACUUCAACGUGUGGGCACAAACCGGCUGCGGUAAAGAGGUCGAUCGUUCUUUCAAGCGUCUGAAGACCCAGCAAGCCUACGUCCAAAAUGAAGAGCGACAACUUGAGGAGAAGCGAGUGCACUCUUUUGCCGAUUUGUUUCAUCCUGGCGAGCGAUGGACAACUACUACGGUGCGCAUUCACAGCGCUAACUCAAUACAAGACGCCAACGAGCAAGCGGAUGCUCCAGAGUCAACAGCGCCCAAAGAGCAGCAUCAUUACGCCUCUGGGUCGAAUGUUUCAGCGCAGCUGACGAGCUGGGCCACUCGUCUUUCCACCACGGCCGACGUGGAACCUCAUUUCAGGAGCAGCUAUCAUCCCGCUCGCUGCACGAUCAUGUGA